AUGGGUCUCACCGAAGAAGUCGACCUUUGGUCACCCUUCACCAGCGACACUCUGCUGGAAGUUCGCACCAGCGUGAUGAAGAAGAUGCCCGGACUAGAGGUCACGUCCGGAAUCGACAAGGAUUUGAGGCAUGGCCCCAUUCACGUAUCAUAUCUCGGACUCGAUGCGGACGAGCAUGAUCCAACUUUCCAUGGUGGACCGGAUAAGGCGAUACACGGUUCGGACAGAUUCCGACCGGGAGCUUUUGGCGAAAACUUUGUCACCAGACACAUGAAUGAGCGCAAUGUAUGCAUUGGCGAUGUUGUCGCCGUUGGUGACGAAGUCGUGCUUCAAUUGAAGAACUUUGCGCCUACGACUUUCAAGUCUAGCAGGACUGGCUGGUAUUAUCGUGUUUUAAAAGAAGGAACAGUCAAGGCUGGCGACGAGAUUAGGCUCGUCGAGCGUAAAUGGCCUAAGUGGACCAUCGAGAGGAUUCAAGAGUACCUGCACCGGAACCAGACUGAUGCGGCUAUGAAUGAGGAGCUUGCAUCAAUUGAAGAUAUGGGCAAAGAAAGCCGUGGCGCAUUCCAGCGACGAGUAGCCAAGGCUAAAGCUCAAGUCAAGAGGGAAAAGGGGGACCAGUGGAGAGACUUUAAGAUUAUCGAAAAGACAAGACAAACCCCGAGAAUCUCAUCGUUUGUUCUCGAAGCCGUCAACCCGAUCGAGAACCCAGAAUAUCUCAACGAAGGGGCUCACGCAAAGCUCAAGCUGCCGAAUGGCCUCCUUCGGUCUUACUCCGUCGUUUCUGGGGACCGCAACAAGUUCGAGCUCGGCAUUGCUCUCGAGGAUAAGGGCCGUGGAGGAUCCCUCUACCUCCACAACUCUAUGGCUGUAGGCGAUGUCCUUCAGGUUGGGCGAAUGACAACCGACGUACAAGUUGCCAGUGCCUCAAGCAAUCACGUCUUCAUCGUGGGCGGUAUCGGUAUAACCGCCUUUUUGGUCCUUGCCGAGGCAUACCACGAAGUCCACUACAAUUUUGAGAUGCACUACGCUGUUCGCUCAGACGACGACAUACCAUUCCGUUCCCGCUUGGAUGCCUUGGGGAGCAGUGUUCGAUUUUAUGACCGUAACAAAGGCGAGAGGAUGGAUAUCGGCGACAUCAUGAAGACGCUCAAGUGGAACAGCCACGUCUACGUUUGCGGACCUACGCGAAUGACCGAGGCUGUAAGGAUAGCCGCAGAGAAGUGUGGUCUCGAUGAGGGCGACGUACAUUACGAAGCCUUCUCCGCCGACACAUCGGGAGAUCCAUUCGAGGCAGAAGUUUUGAACCGAGGCGGAAAGGUCCUGAAGGUAGGCGAGGAAGAGACGCUGCUGGAAGUACUCAAGCGGGAGAUCGGGGGCGAUGUGGAAAGUAGCUGCGAAGUCGGCAACUGUGGAACUUGCAAAGUUGCACUUAAGAGCGGUCGAGUUGAUCACAGAGGCACAGCUCUAUCUAGCGACGACAAACUUGAGUCAAUGCUGAGUUGCGUGAGUCGUGGUAUGGGUCGGAUAGCUAUUGAGAUUUAA